UCCCAUCAUCUCCGUUACUCUUUUCUCUCAACAAUGGAGGCGCGUGAGAUGAAGAUACUCACUGCUCCGUCGCACGUCAGUUCACUUCCGAACUCUCUCCCUCUCUGCUCCACUCCACCACCAUCUUCUCAACUCAUCAUAAACAAGCAGCCGUGCAGCCACGAAUUCAGUCUCGAUCAUUCCAACACCUCCGCAGCUUUCUUCAACAGAUUCUUGUCUCCUCUCCAGAUAUUCUCCCCCAACACGACGUCGUCUCUGAGCGGGGACUCGGCUUUAAUCGACGGGAACAAGGAGCAACCCGCGAACAUUAUCGACGAGAGGCGGAUCAGACGAAUGGCGUCGAAUCGGGAAUCUGCUCGGAGAUCGAGGAUGAGGAAGAAGAGGCAGAUUGAGGAGUUGCAGAGUCAGGUUGAUCAGCUGUUGACGAUGAAUCACCAGCUGUCGGAGAAGGUGAUUCGAUUGCUGGAGAGUAAUCAUCAGGUGAUGCAAGAGAACGGACAGCUGAAGGAGAAGGUUUCUUCGCUUCAACUGGUUCUGUCUGACAUUUUAACACCUCUGAGAAGUAAUGUCGAGCAGGAGAUGAGCCGCGGGGUGAAUCAUAUCAGAGGAGUUGAAGCUUCGAACCAGUCGGCUAUUAUGGAUUUGGUGAGUAGAAAAGGUGCCUAG